CUUUGCUUAAAAGGAUAAUAACCCCCCCUCCUCCAUUCCCCCCAUCACUGCUUUCACUUUUUAAUACUAAUAAUUAAUAAGAACAACUCCCAUCUCUUCGUCCUCUUUAUUUCAAAGGAUAAAUACACCCCUCCUCCCCGUCUCUCCUCCUCCUCUUUUUAAAGCAUAACCCUCUUUUCCUCCACUUUUUAUUAAAUAUAAAGCAUAAUACUGUACCAACUACCUCCUCUUUUCCUACAGAAUAACCUUAACUUCUCCUUCUCUUUCCCUCCUCUCUUUAAAACAUCACUCUUUUCCCCCCAAAGAAUAACCCGAACCCCCUUCUUCUUUUAAAAAGGGCACUUCUUUUUGCGAAGGACAACCCCAACUCCCUCCCCUCGCCCUCCUCUUUGUAAAAUCAUAGCAGCACCUCUUUUUUGGGAUAAAGAGUAACCCUAACUGCUUCCUCCUCUCCGUUUGAAUCACUCUUUUUUUCCUAGAGGAUAAGAACCCCAGCCCUCUCCUUUUUCUUCCCUCCUCUUCUUAAAAUUAGAAGAGCAACUCUUUCUAUAAAGAAGAGCCUGAACUUCAUCUUCUUUUACAAAUAGGAGUAACACCUCUUUUUAAAAGAAAGAAUAACUCUAACCCUUUCCAUAAUAAUACUAAUAAUAACACUUCUUUUCUAAAGAAGGACCUAACCCCCCUUCUCUCUCUUUCUCCUCCCUGUAACUCUUUCCCUCAAGAGGAACCCUAACCCUCUCUCUCCCCCUUGAACCUCUCUCUGGGGGCCUGGAGGGCUGGAGGGGGCUCCCGGCUUCUCCUGCUGCUGCUUCUCUCCUCGGGGCUCCGUCUGAUGUGACCAUGGCCGCCCUCCCGGCUCCUCUCCAGCUGGCGGUGCCCCCUCCGCCGCCCCUCUCCGUCUCGGUCUCCGCUGCCACCUCCAGCGCCACCACCGCCACCCCCUCCGCCUCCUCCGCUGCCUCCUCUUCCUCGGCUUCUCCUCCUCCUCCGCCGCCGCCUCAGCCCCCGACGGGCCCCGCUGCAACCGCCGCUUUCCGCCCGGAGCCUUUAUCCGCCUCCAGCAACGGCGGGGAGAGCCCCGCAGCCCUGGGAUCCGUGGCCCCUACUCCUCCGCCUCCUCCUCCUCCUCCGCCUCCUCCUCCUCCUCCUGCUCCCGGGAAGCCGGUCUACUCGACGCCGUCCCCGGUGGAGAACACCCCGCAGAACAACGAGUGCAAGAUGGUGGAGCUGCGGGGGGCCAAGGUGGCCUCCUUCACGGUGGAGGGCGCCGAGCUGAUCUGCCUGCCGCAGGCCUUCGACCUCUUCCUGAAGCACCUGGUGGGCGGCCUCCACACCGUCUACACCAAGCUCAAGCGCCUCGAGAUCACCCCCGUCGUCUGCAACGUGGAGCAGGUCCGCAUCCUCCGCGGCCUCGGCGCCAUCCAGCCCGGCGUCAACCGAUGCAAGCUCAUCUCCCGCAGGGACUUCGAGACCCUCUACAACGACUGCACCAACGCCAGUUCCAGACCUGGACGGCCUCCUAAGCGGACUCAAAGUGUCACCUCUCCAGAGAAUUCUCAUAUUAUGCCACAUUCUGUCCCUGGUCUCAUGUCUCCAGGAAUCAUCCCACCAACAGGUCUGACAGCUGCAGCUGCAGCAGCAGCAGCUGCCACCAAUGCAGCUAUUGCAGAAGCAAUGAAGGUGAAAAAAAUUAAAUUAGAAGCUAUGUCGAACUAUCAUGCCAGUAAUAAUCAGCACGGAGCAGAAUCUGAGAAUGGAGAUCUGAAUUCUAGUGUGGGCCUGGAGCUACCUUUUAUGAUGAUGCCUCACCCGCUUAUUCCUGUCAGUUUGCCACCAGCAUCUGUCACGAUGGCGAUGAGCCAGAUGAACCACCUUAGCACGAUUGCAAACAUGGCAGCCGCAGCACAAGUACAGAGUCCUCCCUCAAGAGUUGAGACGUCUGUUAUUAAGGAACGAGUUCCAGAUAGCCCUUCCCCUGCUCCAUCCCUUGAAGAAGGCCGAAGGCCUGGUAGUCACCCAUCAUCUCAUCGUAGCAGCAGUGUAUCCAGCUCCCCUGCCCGAACUGAAAGCUCUUCAGACAGAAUACCUGUCCAUCAAAAUGGUCUAUCCAUGAACCAGAUGUUGAUGGGUUUAUCACCAAAUGUCCUACCUGGUCCAAAAGAAGGAGAUCUGGCUGGCCAUGACAGUGGGCAUGAGUCAAAAAGAAUGCACAUGGAGAAAGAUGAGACCCCGCUCUCCACACCAACCGCAAGAGACAGCCUUGACAAACUUUCGCUAACUGGGCAUGGGCAACCACUACCUCCAGGUUUUCCUUCUCCGUUUCUGUUUCCUGAUGGAUUGUCCUCCAUAGAAACCCUUCUGACUAACAUCCAGGGCCUGUUAAAGGUCGCCAUAGACAAUGCCAGAGCUCAAGAAAAGCAGGUUCAACUGGAAAAGACAGAACUCAAAAUGGAGCUGUUCAGGGAACGAGAACUGAGGGAAACACUUGAAAAACAAUUGGCCGUGGAACAGAAGAACAGAGCAAUAAUUCAGAAAAGGUUAAAGAAGGAAAAGAAAGCCAAGAGGAAAUUGCAGGAAGCACUUGAAUUUGAGACAAAGCGGCGAGAACAAGCAGAACAGACACUGAAACAGGCAGCUUCCACAGAUAAUCUCAGGGUCCUAAAUGACUCUCUGACCCCAGAGAUAGAAGCUGACCGCAGUGGGGGCAGAACAGAUGCUGAAAGGACAAUACAAGAAGUGACCGGAAUGCAGUGCUUUAGAAAUGCAGGUUCAGUGAUUAUGGACGACUUUAUUUGAAAACUACUGUCAUGUACUGAACCUAUUCAACUGAAGAAAUCAGUGCUACAAUUCAAAGAACUCUGCAGUAAUACAUUCACCAUUUUGGAAGUUCUGCAAAAACAAAGGUGCUUUCUGGGCAACUUGGCUGCUUCAUGUAUCCAUGUGCAAAGAUUCUAAGCUCUCUCCAAGAGCAUCCUCCAUUGGUUUCCUGAGGCUUCUCCCUGUGUUGCAGAGAAUGGCUCUACAACUGAUGUAGCACACAUCUGGACAGCUAGCUAAAAGGACUUUUGCUGUUGGACAUCUCCUAGUACAGACUGGCCAGAGCAAGAACUUGCAUUUCCUUUGCUGUGGAAUGAAAACUGUGUCCUUUAAUUCACUGAGCACAUCAAGCAAAACUUCCACAGUGUCCACUUCUAUACCUAAAGACUAUUACUCCGUAUGUAAACCAGCAAGACAGUUCAGAAUUGAAUCUUUCAAAAAGGAACACGAGGAUCCUACAAACACAGAAUAGGAAUAGACAAAAUGUUACACAGGGUUUCCCCCCACUCCAAAUUCUAGGAGAGAAUCUUGGUUCUCUUAUUUUUUGCCACAUACUUUCCAGGAGACCAACACAGCAGUAUGUUACAGAAAUCAAACACUUUUAUCUUGGUGUCGGCAGGGGUGGGAGUUGCAGUAUAUAAACAUGUUUCUAUGAUGUUUCUGUUCACAAUAUCCUCUCUCUCUCAAAAUCAAUAAAGACGCUUAAAGAUCUGUAAUAUUUUUCAUUGUAAACUGGCAGUAGUUUGGGAAAGGGGGGAAUAAGAUGUUGCUUCCUACCGAAACUGUUGGUCACAUGUACAGUAUAUAACCACAAACCACACCCAGAAGGUAUUAUGUAUGCCGUAGAAUACUAGAUUUUAGGAAAACAACAAUUUUAGAUAAUACGUUUUGUCACCCUGUUGGUCUGAACGACACCUUUCUAAUUUUAACGCAUGCAGGCAUGUAAAUAUUUGUCCUGAAGUCACAGUAUUAACGAAUGGGAUUUGAAGCGUCUGGGGAUGACUGGGGCCACUUUUAUAUGUAUAUUGGUCAGUGCUGUGAAACAGCACUUUUAAGAGUGAAUUGUGGCUCACGAACAAGUCAACCUGCCAGAAAUAUUUUUAUAUAUUAAUGUCUUAUUACUUCAACGUUGCUGGGGAGGGGGAAAAACUCCCAGAGGCUAAUCAGACACUUGAUGUUAUCAGUCCAAUACCACGUAGAACUAAGUGAUAAAGUUGAAGUCUUUUGUCCUUCCUACCUGCCGUGUCUUGGGCAAGGCUGGUUUCGUGUUAUUUUUACUGUCUUUAUAAAUGCUAUGAUAUCUGUUCUCCAUCUUUGUGCUCAUAACUGGAAGCAAGCUGCAACACAGGGCUUAUUAUAUUUUAAAUUAUCUUCUUUGCUCUGCACAUUCCUCCAGGUUAUCCCUUUAAAGACUACUUUGAAGAUAAGUGUCACCACAUGUGAUUAUGCUUUCUUCGCGUGCCAUCUUUUAUGCAUAUACAAUAUGCCUGGUUGUAUGAAAACAUAAUCAGAUUCAUGAACUCUUAAAAUGCCUCACUUGAAGUAAUUCAGACGGUCAAAACAAUACCUGAUUCCAAAUUUAAAUAAUUCUAUUUUUAAAAAUUCAAGAUAUUGGUGUUUACAAUUGGUUAGCUUUGCUCAUAACGUAUUUCAAAGCCUUAAAAAUGAUUUGGCCCAUAUUGGUUUUACAUUUAAAAAAAACAUCCUGUCGAAUUUUUAAAGGUUAAGAACAUUUUGUCACUCAGAAAUUAUUACCUGAUACUUCAUAACAUCCUGUCACCUUUCUUUUAUUUUUAAUUGUGCUAAAUAUUCAGAAAAUGCAUAUUCCUUUUUAAAAGUUCAAUCUUUAAUGGGUUAACAGCUAGACGGACUUUGUGGCAAACAGCUAAAUUAUUUAUAUGAGAGGAGAGGUUUUUUUAAAAAAUAAAAUAAAAACGACAAAUGAAAUCUAUAGUAGUGUCUCCAUUGCUCUUGCUCCUUGCAGAGAAUCACCUGUAAGUAGGUUUAACCAUUUCUACAGUGUAUACGUUCCAGAAUCUUUGGGUAUGCAUCAUUGUUUGGUUUGGUACAGGCAUAAACGGAAAUGCUGAGAAUAAUGGGGAAAAGAAGUAUAUCUUAUUAAAACAAGUGUAAAUAUUAUGUUCCUGAAAUGCUACCGUAUGACGAAUUUGGGUUUCUUUGCCCCUCUUUAGUUAAUACAGUUUUUUUUCCUUUGCCUAGAUUAUGAAGAAAUGUGUUCAUAUUAUUGUUUUAAAUGCUUUUUGUAAUCUUAAAAGAUAUUAAUGUCUAGUUGUUCUAUAUUAUAACCAUCUUUGCGCUCUAUGCAAGCCCUUGGAACAGAACAUUCUCAUCUUCAUGUAGGACCUAUGAAAAUUGUCUAUUUUUAUCUAUAUAUUUAAAGUUUUCUAAAAAUGAUAAAAAAUGUUAUUAUGAAUUUUGUUGUACAAAAUCUGUACAAAAAUCUGUUUUUACAUCAUAAUGCAAGAAUUGGAAAAAUUUUCUAUGGUAGCCUAGUUAUUUGAGCCUGGUUUCAAUGUGAGAACCACGUUUACUGGUAUUGUAUUUAAUUUUCUUUUUUUCCCCCUCCUCCUUUUCAACAAUCUGCUAAUAAAACUGUCUGAAA